AGCAAAUUGCAUCUAACAAACAAUUUUGUUUACAAAUUUCCAAGUUUUGGGAAUAAAAUGGGUUGUACUCAAAGUGAAAUAUCACCUCAAUCAACACCUCAUGAGACACCCAAGAAAGGCUGCACUGAUGUUCUGUGGCUAGUUAUUUACAUCGUGUUUUGGAUAUUGAUGCUCAUUGUGGCGUGUAUUUCAUUUAUUUAUGGAAACCCUCAGAGACUGAUAAAUGGAUUUGAUUCUUUCGGGAAUACAUGUGGCGUUAAAAGCAACAAGCAACUUAUGAACAAUUCGCUUUCUGGUAUUAACACUUUGGAUAAAAAAUACCUAUUUUUCAUGGACGUGAAAGAACUACGAAAGUCCUUAAAAAUUUGUGUAAAGGAGUGUCCCAACAAAAAAAUAGAAUCUUUGGAUGAUAUCAAACAGUUUUACCGUCAAACUGGUUCAAACCUAUGCAACUAUCCUGUUAAUGUAAACACACUACCGAAUUCGGCAGAAUUACAUAAUUAUUAUGGACCUUGUCCAACAUUGCCUGUUUAUGAGUCUUUUCCGCUGUUGAACAGAUGCUUUCCUAAAAAAGCUCAAGAUAUAGCCACAAAAGUAUUCAAAGACUUUUAUGAGUUGCUUAACAGUUGGGAUACUAUUGAACAAAUGCUAUCAGAUCUGUAUUCAUCCUGGAAAGAAAUGAUAAUAUGCAUUAUCGUAGCAUUUUUAUGCUCAUUGUUGAUGGUGUCAAUUCUUCACUUACUAGCCACUUUCGUGUCAUGGAUAUUUAUGAUAAUAGUAUCAAUAGUAAGCGUAGCCGGAACAGCCCUGCUUUGGUAUACUUAUCACGAACUAAGGACUAAACAAAGAAGCUUUGAUGGCAGUUUCCUGGCUGAAUCAUUGAAGAAUGAAAAAGCAUUUCUUUGGUAUUCUAUAAUUGCAACAGUUAUAACUGUGAUUUUGUUAUUGCUCGUUUGGGUGAUGCGUUCGCGAGUUUCGUUCCUCGCGGCUCUGUUUCGAGAGACAGCUCACUGUCUUGGCUCGAUACCAGCAUUAUUUCUGCAACCAAUCAUUACUUUCCUAUUUCUUGUAGUGUUCUUUGCAUUCUGGUCUACGGUUGUGGUUUGUUUAGCUACAGCUAAUUAUCCUGGGAUUCCGUUUAUGUCAAAUUUCUUUGUCAACGAAACAGCAAAUAACAUUUAUCAAAGUGGUAGACCUGCAGAAGCUCUUAACGGUAUUUCAAAAGAUACUUUCAAAUCAAUUGAAUUCAGCCCGAUGUGGAUACACAGCAUGUGGUGGAUGUGUCUUAUAUCUUUAAUCUGGGGCAGUGAGUUCAUACUUGGUUGUCAGCAGAUGACCAUAGCAGGGGCUGUUUCACAUUGGUAUUUCAGGGGGGAAAACUCACAUCCAUCACCCGUCCUAUAUUCCAUAGGAAAACUGUUGAAAUACCAUUUGGGAUCUGUGGCGAAAGGAUCGUUUCUGAUUACGCUAUUCAAAAUACCAAGGCUUAUAUUGACAUAUUUGCAUGCCAAGCUGUCAGCGAGUGCUGAUAAAGGAUCCGAAUGUGCGAAAUGCGGUUUGAAAUGCGGCAUCUGCUGCUUCUAUUGCCUGGAAAAGUUCAUACGAUAUCUGAAUCAUAACGCAUACACUAUUAUUGCGAUCGAGAGAUGUCACUUCUGCAAAGCUGCCGGCAAGGCCUUCAGUACAAUAGUGAACAACGCAUUGCAAGUAGCCACAAUAAACAGUAUCGGCGAUUUCAUACUGUUCCUCGGGAAAUGCAUAGUGACGGCGGUGACCGGCAUCGUGGGCCUCCUGCUGCUCAAACGAAACUCUGACCUGCAUUUCUUUGCCGUUCCAACUCUUGUUAUAUGCAUUUAUUCGUUCUUCAUAGCGCACUGCAUUCUGUCCCUAUACGAGAUGGUGGUCGAUUCCUUGUUCCUCUGCGUGUGCGAAGAUCGUAAUAUGAACGGCGUUGAAGGGAAAUGGAAGAGUUCAAGAUUAGCGGAACUCGGCGGUCACAAAAUCAGUAAAGUCGACGACGAAGCCGACGGAGCUGAGCUGCAGGACCUCAACGAAAAGUAACAGUCUCACCUUAGAAGUAUAUUAAAUCGCUUUCUAUGAAUUUGAUGUUAGAUUAACUUGAAUCUAUGUAGCACACUAUUGUGUCUUUUGAAGUCGUUUAUAUGUCCACAAUUUACUAUUUUAUGGUUUAUAUAAUUUACAUUUACAUUUUUAACCGUUUUUUUAGUUUUUAACUAUAAAUUGUUUUUAAAUGUUAUCUACCGCUAUUUUGAAAGUGUUUAAUAAAGUUACAAGCACAUUAAGUACAAAUAUUUAUUGAAACAAACUUAGUUGUAACUGGUUGUCAUUUUGGAACUUUUACUAAGAAUACUCAUAAUAACUUGGAAUAAUUUUUAUAUUAAUUUUCAAUAAGUAUUACUAUUUGUAUUUUAUAUACUGUAAGCCAAUUUAAUUACCUGUAGUGCUCUCGUGUGUUACUUGUUAAACAUUUAGUAACGUAAAUGUUUAAUAUUUGCCUUAAAUUCUCAAAAACUAGUAUGUAACGUCAUGUAUGAGUAGUAUGUCGUGGUUCGAUUGUUCCGUGACAAGGGCGAAUGUAAUCAAAACAAUAUCAUGGAAAUUGGUAUCUUGUAUUUUAGUUUAUAAGUAUCUCAUUAUAUUUUUAGUUUUUAAGUAUCUCAUUCUUUUUUUAGUUAACUAUUAUUGAAUGUACUAAUUUGUCUCACAAUUUACUGACCUUCUUGACACGAACUAGAUUUAAUCAAUUUUAGUACAUUUAUUUUGAUAUACGUACACUAUGUAAUUAUUUGCAAAUUGCUAAAAUAAAAUUUGUUCUUUCUAGGCUUUACACCUACUGAGGCAUUGUGAAUCAAUCUCUAAAAUUAAAUAUACCUUUUGUAUUUACAUUUAACUAUUACCUGACCAUUAAGUAUAAAUGUUUGAAUAAAAGAAUCAUCUCUUGUACCUGCUAACGAAGUCUUACGAUAAUCAAAGCUUUAAUGUGUCAAAGAUAAAGGUUUAAAAUUUUAUAUUUUGCUAGAAUUUUCUAACUAUAGAUGGGCAGACGUUCCCGAAGCUCAUAUGGUGUCCGUCCGCUGUCCAUCAGUCAGAGCAAUGGUCAUCAUAACUCUGAGACAAAAGUUUGAAUAGCACCAGACACUGAAUCAGAUUGACCUGUUAAAAAUGAGCCAUGUAACUAACUGCUAAUGGUCGCGUAUUUGCCUUUCUCCAAUAUGAAUAUUAUUCUCGUCUAAUUAAAAGCUUUGUUUUUUGUAAUUAGCAUUUAAAGUAACUUGACAAGACUCUUUUUUAAUUGAGAGUUGUGUGGAUCGUGAACGACUAUAUUUUGAAUUUUAUUGUAUUAAGGGUUGCCUUCGCAGCGCCCUCACAGAAACGUCACUUCAAUUUUAACAACUUGCAGAGUAAUAUAUUUAUAUAAAAAAACCAAUAAAGGUGGUUUUGAAGGCUUGAUUAUAAAAUUAGAAAACAUUUUCUACGUAUUGACAGUUAGUUCCUUAUCGAUGUAAGGUUAACUGAUUAAUUAAUUUGUUUAUGCUAUAUUUAUUAUGAAAAAAGAACAUAAUAUUCCUAACCUAAAAGUACAUGUUAUUAUCGGCAACAUGCUUCCUCAGUUUACAGAAAUAGAGUUAUCAGCAACAUGCUUCGUCAAAAAGUACAAUACUUACUUUCAGCUACAAGCGUCGUUAUUAUA